CUCGAACACAGCCAAGCUGGGUGUCUGGCUGGCUGCGGGAGGCUUGGAGUGUUGACUCCUGAGGUGGUACCAGGCUCUUUCAACCCACAUUGCCUGAGGGUCCUGGGUCUCUGUCACCACCAGGAAGCUAAAGGAUCUGCCAGUGAAGGACAGAGAGCCUGGAAGCCUCCUGGUGCCACAAGCCUGCAACUCCUGCUGGGAGAUGGGCUCAGUUCCCAAACUAGCCACAGACGGGAAGCCUAGCACACGCUCACUGGGGACAGUCAGUGCCUGACUCAGCUGCUUGGAGCACCCACGCACAGGGCUCACUGUGGGUCUGGCUGCAGGCCAGGGUCACCAGCCUCCGGGCCCCCAGCAGGCUGCUUUUCUGAACAGAAAAUGCAGAGCACAGCCAACUACCUAUGGCACACAGAUGACUUGCUGGGCCAGGGCGCCACAGCCAGCGUGUACAAGGCCCGCAACAAGAAAUCUGGGGAGGUGGUGGCCGUGAAGGUCUUCAACACAGCCAGUUACCUGCGGCCCCGGGAGGUGCAGGAGAGGGAGUUUGAAGUCCUGAGAAAACUGAACCACCAAAACAUCGUCAAGCUCUUUGCGGUGGAGGAGACGGGGGGCAGCCGGCAGAAGGUGCUGGUGAUGGAGCACUGCUCAGGGGGCAGUCUGCUGAGUGUGCUUGAGAGUCCCGAGAACGCCUUUGGGCUGCCGGAGGACGAGUUCCUGGUGGUCCUACGCUGCGUGGUGGCUGGCAUGAACCACCUGCGGGAGAACGGUGUGGUGCACCGCGACAUCAAGCCCGGGAACAUCAUGCGCCUGGUGGGCCACGACGGCCAGAGCAUCUAUAAGCUCACGGACUUCGGCGCCGCCCGCCAGCUGGAUGAUGACGAGAAGUUCGUCUCUGUCUAUGGGACAGAGGAGUACCUGCACCCCGACAUGUAUGAGCGGGCGGUGCUACGCAAGCCCCCACAGAAGGCAUUCGGGGUCACAGUGGACCUCUGGAGCAUUGGGGUGACCCUGUACCAUGCAGCCACUGGCAGCUUGCCCUUCAUACCCUUUGGGGGGCCUCGGCGCAACAAGGAGAUCAUGUACCGGAUCACCACCGAGAAACCCUCCGGGGCCAUCGCAGGGACACAGCGGAGGGAGAACGGUCCCCUGGAGUGGAGCUACACCCUGCCGGUCACCUGCCGGCUCUCCAUGGGGCUGCAGGGCCGGCUGGUGCCCAUCCUGGCCAACAUCCUGGAGGUGGAGCAGGCCAAGUGCUGGGGCUUCGACCAGUUCUUUGCGGAGACCAGCGACAUCCUGCAGCGUGACGUCGUCCACGUCUUCUCCCUGCCGCAGGCGGAGCUGCACCACGUCUAUGUCCACGCCCACAACACGGUCGCCAUCUUCCUGGAGGCUGUGUCUGAGCAGACCCACGUGGCCUCCCAGCACCAGGAGUACCUCUUCGAGGGCCACCUCUGUGUCCUGGAGCCUGGCCUCUCGGCCCAGCACCUCAUGCACACGACAGCCAGCAGCCCCCUGACCCUGUUUGGGGUGGCCAGUGAGACCCCGAAGGGGCUAGCCUUCAGGGACCCUGCCCUGGAUAUCCCCAAGUUUGUCCCCAAAGUGGACCUGCAGGCAGAUUACAGUGCAGCCAAGGGAAUGCUGGGUACUGGCUACCAGGCCCUGCGGCUGGCACGGGCCAUGCUGCACGCGCAGGAGCUGAUGCUUCGGGGGCUGCACUGGGUCGUGGAAGUGCUGCAGGCCUCAUGCAGGCAGACACUGGAGGUCACACGGACAGCCCUGCUCUUCCUCAGCAGCAGCUUGGGCGUGGAGAGGUCGGACAGUGCAGCUGAGAUGCACAAGGGGCAGGAGCCAGAGGAGGCUGCAGAGCUGAGGUCCAGGCUGCGUACUCUGGCCAGGCUCCUCUCCAGCUGUUCUCAAAGCAUCAUGGAGAACCAGGCAUGCCUGAACGGCCUGCGCAGGGAGCUGGUGAAGGCGAGGGAUCAGGUACAUGCCGACAGAAGCCUCCAGCAGAUCCAGUGCUGUCUGGACAAGAUGAACCUCAUCUACAAGCAGUUCAAGAAGUCCAGGCUGAGCCCAGGGCUUGGCUACAAUGAGGAACAGAUCCACAAGCUGGACAAGGUGAAUUUCAGUCACCUGGCCAAGAGGCUGCUGCAGGUGUUCCAGGAGGACUGUGUGCACAAGUACCAAGCUGCCCUCGCUGCCCAUGGCAAGUGGAUGAGGGAGGCAUACACGACCAGGAACAACCUGCGGCUGGUCGACUGUUCUGUGGCCGCCUGUACCACGCAAGCCCAGGGCGCCCAGGAGGGCCUCAGCAAGAUCCUGGACCAGCUCCUGCAGGCUCAGGCCUCGCCAUCCUCCUCGGCUUCUAACCCCAGCCCUGCAUCCCAGGACUUAGCUCUCCACAUGCAGGAGCUGUGCCGUGAGAUGAAGAUGGUGGCCUUUGACCUCCAGGACAACAACUGCAUCAUCGAACGGUUGGGGAAGGUCACAUCAACCCCAGACGCCUGACCUCUGCGGGGAGCCAGCAGCGCCACUGGCAGCCAUUUCCUCGGCACUGCAGGACCCAGCCCAGGGCGGGUUCGGGCCUGUCACACCAGCCUACCUCCCUCCUGGCCACUGGCCAGGAGACAUCUCCCCAGCAUUACCGUACGCUGCCUGUCCCCUGGGAAGCAGCACAAAGCCUGACUGCCACACAAGGCUAGAGUGCCUGGCUGACCUGGAUGUCUCUUCCUGCUACUUCUCCAUCGCCAGGACUAGAGGACCGAGCCCAACUGGGCCACCAAGAGAAGAGGCUGUCACAGGCCCUCCCACCCCUCUGGUUGACAGAGCUCUACUCUUCAAGGA